UAAGGCAAGUAAGACAGCAAUCGAACACCUUGCCGUUUGUUCUUUCUUUUGAGUCACAGAAGUAAAGCUGACAGACCUCACGCAAAUCAAAUUAAUCUAGUUUUAUCCUUGCAUUGGAACUGUGAAGGUCUCAGAUGAAUUCAACCUGAGAGGAACAAAGCAACAGAUCUAGAUCAGAAUGGCGACAUUUAACAACUCUGGCACAACCAAUGGCACCAAUCAGUAUCACUGUGAUUAUAAAGAGAGCUUUAAGUACAUUCUUCUCCCGGUGAGUUACAGUCUGGUGUUUGUGCUCGGCCUUGGCUUGAACAUCACCGCCAUGUACGUCAUCUUGUUUCGAACCAAACACUGGAACCCCAGCACCAUCUACAUGAUCAACCUCAACGUCUGUGACACUCUUUACAUCCUCACGCUUCCGUUUCUGAUCUACUAUUACGCUGAUGAGAACGACUGGCCCUUUGGCGAGCCGAUGUGUAAGCUGAUUCGCUUUCUCUUCUACACGAACCUCUACGGAAGUAUCCUCUUCCUCAGCUGCAUCAGCCUGCACCGAUUUUUAGGCGUUUGCCAUCCGGUUCGCUCUUUGUCCUGGAUAAACGGCCGUCGGGCUCGUUUGGUCUCUGUGGGAAUAUGGGCGACAAUGCUAAUUUUUCAGGCCCCGAUCCUUUAUUUCUCCAGAAUGAAAGAUAAUGGUGGCAUCCGGGUUUGCUACGACACCACCAGCAAAGAGCUCUUCAAUGAUUUUCUGGUCUACAGCUCGGUGGUGAUGUUCCUGCUGUUUGUCCUACCAUUUGGGGUGGUGCUAGUCUGCAACGGGCUGAUGGUGAGGAAACUUCAGGAACCCGGUGUUGGCGAAGGACCAAUGUCACAAUGCUCCAAGCAGAAGUCGGUGAAGAUGAUCAUAAUUGUGCUUCUGGUUUUCAUGUUGUGCUUCCUGCCUUUUCAUGUGAACCGCAGUAUAUACUACAGCUUCCGCUACCUGGACAAACAGGUGAGCUGCUCGAUGUUGGAGUAUGCCAGCAUGGCCUACAAGAUCACGCGACCUCUAGCCAGCGCUAACAGCUGCAUCGACCCCAUCCUCUACUUCAUGGCAGGACAAGGCUUCAGAAAAAGCAUCAAGAACAAGAAAGCUAAAGCAAGAUCUGGAAAAUUUUAAUCACCAUCA